CUAACGUGCGUGAACUCAAAAUCAAUGUACUAAGUGUCUUUUUUAACGUAGUAUAUUUCUUAUUUUUUUACUCUAUGUCGACGAUUAAAUUAGUAUUAUACUAUUAUCUAGUUUAUUGGUCUCUGGUAUUAUCUAUGUUGCGAAUUAUGUUGUCCAACAUACUUAUACAUAAUAUUAAUUCAAAAUUACAAAAAAGCAAUAGUUUACUUGUGAAGCAAUGAAGGCCGCAAUAGUAACUGAAGGUGCAAGAGACUAUGACACUACAACAUUUGCAAUAGGCCUAAGUCUCGCUAUUAGUUCUAGUAUAUUUAUUGGAUCUAGUUUUAUUGUAAAGAAACUAGCAUUAAGGAAAGUUUCUACGAAUGGAGGUUUACGAGCAUCAGCUGGCGGUUUCGCUUAUUUGAAACAAUGGAUGUGGUGGCUCGGCUUAAUAACAAUGGGUGUUGGUGAAGCUGCAAAUCUUUUAGCAUAUGCAUUCGCCCCUGCUGCGUUAGUCACUCCUCUCGGUGCACUAAGUGUAUUGGUAGCUGCAGUACUGGCAUCAAAAUGUAUUAAUGAAAAACUCAACUUUAUUGGAAAGAUUGGAUGUUUUCUAUGCAUUAUUGGAUCUAUCAUAUUUGUGAUCCAUUCUCCGAAAACAGAAGAAAUACAAACCUUCAAGGAAUUGGUAUAUAAAUUAAGUGAUUAUUUAUUUGUUACAUAUGUAGGAUCUAUUAUUUUUAUGAGCUUGAUAAUUAAAAUAAUAUUUGUACCGAGAUUUGGAAAUACCAACAUUACUGUAUAUUUAUUAAUGUGUUCAGCAAUAGGAAGUUUAACUGUUGUGUUUUGCAAGGGAGUGGCUUUAGGUAUAAAAGAAACCAUUAGUGGAAACGUAAAUAAUUUUUCAAAUUAUGUUUUCUGGUUGCUGCUUAUUAGUGCUGUUGUAUGCAUCACAAUACAAAUGAAUUAUUUAAACAAAUCUCUGGAUAUUUUCAACACUAGUGUAGUAACCCCAGUGUAUUAUGUUAUGUUUACUGUGUUAGUUAUUAUUGCAUCUGGUAUUUUGUUUAAAGAGUGGGAACAUAUGAAAACUGAAAACAUUCUAGGUUGUAUUUGUGGUUUCUUAGUAGUUACAACAGCAGUUUUUCUGUUAAAUGCAUUUAAAGAUUUACAAAUAUCAUUUAAAGACUUAAAACUUAAUGCAAGACAAAGGAGAAACAUGCACAAUAUAGAAGAUUGUGUGGCAAGUGAUAGUUACAUUUUAGGAUCAUCACGAAAUACACAGUUAUGACAGUAUUAGAUAAAUUGACAGUUGUUUAGUAAUCUUUUAUAGCCAUUUAAUUUUAUUGUGUAUACUAAUUGGGUCAUAUGCAUGAGACUUGAUAUUACUGAAUAUCAUAGGGAUGAUUCAUGUUUAUGUCCAAAAUACAUUGAUAAUCCUUUCUUUUCAAUACAUUGAGUAGUGUAUCAUGUAUAAAAAUAGCAGAAAACAGGAAAAGAAGAUUAAUAACUGGAUUUUUAACAACCGUUUUUUCCAGUUGAGAAUGCUCUGGAACCCAUACAAAACAACACAAUAUGCUUGAUUCCAUGAACAUAUGAUAAUGAUUGAUACUCCCUUUACUUUCAUCCGACAGUACAAGUUAUGGUAAGUGGUAACUAUUACUGCUGUUUCAACUCUAGUGAAUGCACCCGCUGCGCCGUCCAAUGCACUGUGCAGGUGAUUUAAUUGUUUUACUUAUAUAUUUGCAUUGAAAGGUUAAGGCUCCUGUUGAAUAUAAUAUUUUAAAUAGUUUUAUUGUGUAACAUUACCAUCUGCAAAUUUUUUGUAGGUAUUGCUUACAUAGUUAUGUAAUAUAUUAUGUAUUUCAUAAUAUGGCUGAUCCAUAUUAUUGCUAUAUUUUAAGAGAUUAUAGUAUCCUAAAAUCUAAUACUAUAUAUUAUUUUAAGUGGAACUCACUCUAUAUGCCAAUUGUUCCUGUGAGGUGUGCUAAAGAUCUUUUUCCACUUGUAAUAUGAUAAAUGUAACUGGCCAUCUUAAAAGUUAAAAUAAGCAUUCCAUACCAAUUACAAGAAAAGCAUAAAUUAUAAAUGAAGACUGUCUAAGAUGUGUAUGACCUGUGCAUAGUCGUAAGUAAUGUAAAUAAAACUUUAUUAAGCUGGAAAUUCACUGAUUAGAUCAUGUGUCAUGAUCAUUAUUAGUGUGUCUGAUUUCAGUUUCCUUGAUGAAUUGCCUACCUAUUGCUAUAUAAUAGCAAUAUUGUAUAAUAGCAGUAUUGUACUGUAAGAAAUAUUGUCUAGUCCUUAUUUUGCCAUUAUUAUUAAUAAGGUCUUGUAAACUAUACAUAUUGUAUUUGAAAAAUAUUUUAAAUUUAUGUACAAUCAGCAUCAAAUUUGGUAGUGAAAUAAAGCAGUUGCUCAUA